AUGGGACAAAAAAUAAAUCCACUUGGGUUUAGACUUGGUACAACUCAAGGUCAUCAUUCUCUUUGGUUUGCACAACCAAAAAAUUAUUCUGAAGGUCUACAAGAAGAUCAAAAAAUAAGAAACUGUAUCAAGAAUUAUGUACAAAAAAAUAUGAAAAUUUUUUCUGGUGUUGAGGGAAUUUCACGUAUAGAGAUUCAAAAACGAAUCGACGUGAUUCAGGUCAUAAUAUAUAUGGGAUUUCCAAAAUUAUUAAUAGAGGGUAAACCUAAAAAACUCGAAGAAUUACAAAGGAAUAUCCAAAAAGAACUGAAUUGUGUGAACCAAAAGAUCAACAUUACUAUUACAAGAAUCGGAAAUCCUUACAGGCACCCUAAUAUUCUUGCAGAAUUUAUAGCCGAACAAUUAAAAAAUAGAGUUUCAUUUCGCAAAGCAAUGAAAAAAGCUAUUGAAUUAACAGAACAGACAGAUACAAAAGGAAUUCAAAUACAAAUUGGGGGGCGUCUUGACGGAAAAGAGAUUGCACGCGUUGAAUGGAUUAGAGAGGGUAGGGUCCCUUUACAAACCAUUCGAGCUAAAAUUGAUUAUUGUUCCUAUACAGUUAGAACUAUUUAUGGGGUAUUAGGUAUAAAAAUUUGGAUAUUUAUCGACGAGGACUAG